AGUACCCCUCGAGCAAGCCUCCUCAACACCCACGCCUCUCCCCUGCUCCUGACUCACGCACUUCCACCACCACCAUCACCUUAGCUUCACGAGUCUCAGCGCGUGGCGGAAGGCGGGGUGACUGCAGACAGCCGCUGUGCCGUGAUCUUUUCUCCGCCACGUCUGCUUCCAUGUUGACCUUGAAGUCACGUGUUUCGUAGAACUCGGCAGAGGAGACUGCCCUUGUCGAACUUACCUGCCAGGCGCGGAGGCAGCCCAUUUUCUCCUUGAUGGAUGUGUCUCGGCAACACUAACUAGCGCUGCCGUGACUCAUCCCCGAGUGCUGCCCUGCCAGAAUGUGGUAAUUAGGGCGAGGGUUUCGUGGAAUUCACCAGGAGGGGAGAAAGGAGAAAGAGGUGUCAGGCAGCACGAACACCCGCCUAUCCUCGCCUAGCCUUGCAACACCUGCACGGCGCCGUUGGAAAGGUGGCGUGACCAGAUGCGUCCCGGUGCGAGCGAGGAAGUGCAGCACAGGUGUUUCGGGGCAGUCUACUGACCUCCUGACCCCCGCACUCUUCACGAGGAAAGUCGCCCUCAGCAGGCGACCUCACAAGACUCAAGACUCUUCUAGAAGCCCCCAGGCUCCGCCAUGGGGUGUGGAAUGAGCUCCGAGGCCGCCGCUGCCAUUCCUGAUGCGGCCAACCCAGACGAGGCGCUGGAGCUCGCCCUUCGCCAUGCCGACAAGGACGCGCUGCAGAGGGCCAUCGACACACACGCCAAUGUCAACAAGAUGUUCAAGGACAGUGACGGCAUCGAGUACUCUGCUCUUCACAUGGCUGCCAAAUUGAACUGUCGAGAGACCAUUCAGAAACUGGUCAAACUUGUGUCGGACGUGAAUCGGUUGGACGGGCGGGGUGACAGCGCGCUACAUAUUGCCGCCAGACACAACAAUGGGAUCGCUGUGAAGGCGCUAGCGGAGGGUGGAGUGAAUUUGGAACUCUUGAAUCGAGACAAGCUGACGCCCCUUGCCGUGGCCAUCACCAGCAACUGCCCGAGCGCCAUCACCGAGCUCCUUCAGGCGGGGGCUAAGGUGGACGCUGGAAGGGACGACCUGGAGGCUCCCUUGGUCACUGCAGCGAAGGUGAACAACGUGGACGCCAUACUGUCUCUCCUUCAGGCCAACGCAAUGUACCAGAGCCUCAUGAUCCCGAUGCCCGACGGCAACGAGAGCCUGAACCUGGCCAUGUGGGCCACCACCAAGGGACACACCAAAGUCACAGAGGCCAUCGCUGUAAGAGAGUCCUCUGCAGUGACAGAAACGGAAGCAGAUGUUACUCAAGGUAAGAACGCCGAUUCGCCCAGACAAGAGGGCGAUGGAGCUGAAGAAAUUGCAAAUGUAAAUGAAAAUAACGACGUCAAUUCACCAGCAGCAGAAGGUGAGCCUGCGGAUGAGGAUCCGCCCGCUGAACCUGCGGCCGAUGAGGCACCUGAAGAAGCUCAGCCGACAGAAGAAGAGGCGGCAGAUGAGGUACCUGCAGAUGACCAACCAGAAGCAGAGGCAGAAGAAGCAUCACCAGAAGAAGACUCUCCAGCAGAAGAUCCACCUGCAGAAGAUCCACCUGCAGAAGAUCCACCUGCAGAAGAUCCACCUGAAGAAGAUCCACCUGCCGAAGAUCCACCUGCAGAAGAUCCACCUGCAGAAGACCCGCCUGCAGAAGACCCACCAGCAGAAGACCCGCCUGCAGAAGACCCACCAGAAGAAGACCCACCAGCAGAAGACCCACCAGCAGAAGACCCACCAGCAGAAGACCCACCAGCAGAAGAGGAACCCGCAGCAGAAGGAGACCCACCACCCUCAGACGACGCGACAGAAGAAAAUGAGGGUGAAGGCACGGGCGAAGGAUAAAGUGAUUUUGUAAAGUGAAAAUGUUUGACCUCAAAAUGGGACAAAAAUCAUGUUUUUGGGUCAAAGAUGGCGAUAUAUCCCGCACUUAAAAACCCGCAGGCGCUGUCUUGUGCUCAGUGAGUGGGUAUGUUGUCUUCUCUGGAGAAUAUUAGAUAAAAAAAAAACUGUUUUUGAGAUGUUCCGCACAGAUUCAUAGCGGCUUUGUUAUUGAUUACGAGAUGUGUGCAGGCUAAUAACCAGCAAAUGUGCCUUUUCUCUCUGUUCAGCGUCGUCUCCGUACGUGAGGAAGAACUGUAGUGUAAAACAAGGACAAUAUCACAUUCCGUCCCCUCAAAGCGGUAGGAUUUCAUACUGUGUAACCCUGAAACAUUCGAGGAAGCUGUGAUGGAGAAAAAAAUGUAGCGGUGUCUGUGAAAUUACCCUGUUGUUGAUGGUGACACUGCUCUCCAUGGCCAAUAAUUCGUGUUCGUGCACAAAACUUUGAAAUCUUCAGGACACCAGUUCAGAGGCUUGUCUUUAGUAUUUAUUGUUUAUCCAUACCCAUUUAAUUUAUUUCAUGUGCAUAUACUGUUCUUAGCAAUCCGAUGAUCAGUUUACCUGCCAACAUAUUGAGAAGAAGGGGCUAGGGGCUGGAGCUGGGUGUCAGAGCAGCCGCAUCAUCUUCAUCCACACGGUCUUUCUUUUCCCGACAACUGUGUUUGGCAAAAGUCGCUGAACAUUCUUAGAACAACCGUCGUAGUCGCCUUUGUGUACAUGGCCUUGGAGCAGCCUUGCCUGUUGCAGCGUACACCUGACACUAGUCGAUGUAUACAUUUUGAAUAAAAGUAUCAAUGAAUA